GCUCCAUUCUCAUCGUUGAUUCCUACGGCAGGCACAUGUCGUCGUUGCUGGCGGGAAUCCGCUUUGGUGCGGCGUCCGACGAGGAUGAUCAUUCGAAGAAGGACAAGAAGAAAAAGAAAGAUUCCAAGAAGAAAGAUGACAAGUCGUCAUCCAGCCACAAGAAGAAGCAAAAGGACCACGACGUCGCAACAGAGUCCACACCUGUGUCCGAAUCAACCCUCCCGACCCCAACAUCCGCCCUUCCACGCGAUGAAUGGAUGCAUAUGGACUUUAUCGGAGGCCCACCGCGAGCAAAGCAGUUGACCGCCGACGAAGCCCGCACUGCUGCAUUGGAAUCCAAGAAGCAAGGAGAGAUCGACCGAGGGCUUCGUGAACCCAACUCGGGGCUUCUCUACGGUCUGUACGACCCGAAGAACGAAGCCGCCCCCAUCGAGAACGCCAUGGCUGCCCCCGCGGCGUUGCCGAGUGUCGGCGAUGGCGGAGCGAGUUGGAAGCGAAAAAUGCUGCAGCGAGCCAAGCAGAAGGCUGCAGCCACCGGCGAGUCGUUGGAGUCGAUCGUGCGAGCGCAGUAUGGCAUGGCAUUGUCCGAGUUGGAGGCGCAGGCCGCGCUAGGACGGCAGGGCGACGACGACUCCCAUCUGCGGUACAAGCGCCCCCGUCGCCCGCAACAGCACCAGUCUCAUGGCGCCACCGCCACCGCCAACGGCAAAAGCGGCGACAAGACUGUGCUUGCAGACUACGCCUCGCGCAUGAAGUUUACCACGUUAUCGAAAGAAACGUCGGGACGACACGCCAAUGAAGACCAAGAGGAUGGCGGACCCAUCGACUACUCAAAGUUACCCGACGAUGACGACAAGCGACCACACAAACGCAGUCGCCCGGAUGACCGUCGACGCCAAAGUCCCCAUCGGCCAGACACAAGUCGUCGAAGUCGUAGCCGAAGCCCGGACCGGCGAAGACGCACCCAGCCGCCUCAUCGUCAGGUAGACACUCGAAUCGACUCGAACAAAUCAACAACCAAGGCGAGAGCACCAACCGUCGUCGAGAGGACUCCAGCACAGCAACAAGACGCGGCGCGGCGAGCGGCCUUCUUGUAUCGUCAGCCACCCGCCAUCACCACCACCGCCAUGUUGGAGAAGAGUCCUCCUACUAGUAGUACGACUACUACUGUUACUACUACUGCGGUCGUUCAAGCGAAACCACCUUCCGCUACGGCUAAUAGUAGUAGUACUACUACUACUACUAGUAGUCCUCGAGUGAGCUCGGACGACCCCGUGGACUUGAACAAGCUGGCGGCGCAAGCGUUGAGAGCCAAGAUGCGCGGCAACCUGCCCUUGUUCCACACGUUGACCAAACAACUCAACGAGUUGGAGCAUUCGCAGCAUCAAGUUGCAGCUGCACCGUCCAAGAAGCAUCAAAAGCCAGCCAAAGCCCCAAGAGCCAUGGUACGUCCGCGGGAGCCAGCCGACCUGCCGCCGCCCCACCGUCCGGACGACGUUGAUGUAGCCGUCGGCUCCCAUCAAGGCAAAGCACAAUCCUCCGACGUCAACAUGUCGGUGGACGAGAUGGUGCGGCAGGAAAAGGCUGGCAGUGGCGACACCCACAUGGACGCCGUGUACGCGCGCAACAUUGUGCGCCUGGGGACUCGGUACGAAGGCUCCGAGUUGUCUGCGGGAAAGACGGGGGCUGCCAGUAGCUUUGACGAGGACGAGACACCCACGGCGCUCAAAUUGCAUCAAUCGUCGAGGCUGACGGAGAAGGCGUUUGUGGCUGCGUCGGACCACGCUGCCCGCAGCGAUCGCAUGCAAUGGGACAAGGCGAUGCAGAAUUGCCGACAUUGCCCCCAGAGCGACAGGUUCAAAGGGCAUUUGGUAGUCGCGAUGGGACCACAUGCGUACGUGGCGCUCCCUGCGGCGUCCACCGUGGCAGACUUGCAGUGUCUGAUUGUGCCGGCAGAACAUGUGGCGUCGCUGUCAGGUGCCGACGAGGCAGUGGCCGCCGACGUCCACAAGUUCAAAGUGGCACUGGUGGCGAUGGCAGCGUCCGUGGACAUGUCGAUGGUGUUCCUUGAGCGCACGUAUGACGUCAGCCGAAAGCGCCACACAUUCGUCGAGUGCGUACCCGUGCCAAAGGAUGUCGGCAUGGACACCCCCAUGUUCUUCAAGCAAGCCAUGCUCGAAUGCGACGAAGAGUGGUCGACGCACCAGAAGAUCUUGGACACUACGGGCAAGGGCAUCAACCGUACCGUGCCUCCGGUAUGUUGAACGCUCCUCGUUGGAUGAUAUCUAUGGUGGCUCAUCUGGUUGUGCCAGAAUUUUGCCUACUUUCACGUGGAAUGGGACAGCAACAGCAGUGGCAACCAGUCCUUUGGCGGGUACGCGCACAUCAUUGAAGACGCCGCGCAGUUCCCUGCCGACUUUGGCUUGGACACGCUCGCGGGCAUGCUGGACGUGGACCCGCCGCGGCUGGGGCGGUACAUCCCCAACGUCGCGGCGGAAAACGCACGCGUCCAGUCGUUUCAAGCGCAAUGGGCACCGUAUGACUGGACGACCCGCGCUGCUGCUGCUAUCGACUCCAACAUAUGAUCGCAGCCAUAGUAAAGCUAUAAAAAACUAAUAUCCGAGAGUUGAACGGCCACGCCCGGUGCACAGUAGAGAUGGCGGUUUGGGUUUCUCUAUAUUUGUGGAUGUUGUUUCUAUGGUGUGGAGGUUGUGGUGCGUAGCUAGCUAGCUACGUCUGUUCACGUUGUCUUCAGCACAAGAGGGCUUGGACAAGCAUGUCUUUGGUGUCUUGGUUGUGGAAGGCGGCGUGCGCGAGCAACGCGCCUUGCCGGCACACGUCGGACGGCUUGAGGUUGUGGUCGUCGGUGCGUUUCCUCUUGAGUCGGUUCGGCUUGGACCCCGACGGACGGUGUCGCCACGCAUGUUGAAGCACACCCGCCGCGCGGUGCUUCAACUCGAUUUCUUGGUGUAGCCGAAAGAGGCACUUGAGGGGGGUUCGCACGCGGAAGAGAUGUGCCGCGAUCGUGUGCUGUUGACGCGACCAUAGAAACUUGCGCAUCGCGCGCUGGAUAGUGUGUGCAGACACAUGCUUGACGUAUUCGUCGAGGAACCGACUCUGGGUGACCAAAGCACUCCAUUGAUCCCGCCAUUCGGCAGAGUCAUCCCAGCCGGUACAGCUAAACGCGUCGUCUUCGCUGCCCUCGGUUUCUUGGUCGCUGUCCACGUCGUCGCUGAUCGAGUGAAAGUUGCAGGCUUGCCGACGUUCGUGCAUGACGCGCAGCGCCACUCGACCUGUGGGAAUGAGAACGCGACGCGGAAUGUGCUGGGAUGGCAUGGCGGCGGCGAGAUGGGACAGGUCGUCAGAUGACGACGCUGCCGAUGACGACGACGACAAGAGGAACGCCGCGACGACCGCUUCCACGUUGGCUGUGAACCGCGACAUGACCUGACGGAACUUAUCCCAUGUCGAGUCCUGAUGCUGACGUUUCUUGUGAGCUGCACACAUUGGCAAGCAGUGUCCAAGUUGGGGAAUGGACACACGUGACACUUUCGGUGCGGAAUAAUGUCGCUGCUGAGAGCUGUAGAAUGAAUUGGUG